CUCUUUUUUAGUGGGUCUUAAACUCAUCCCUUCAUGGUAUAGAGUUUAGACCCUCCUAAAUCAAAAACCCCUUUUAAAUCCUAAUAAGUAUCGUUCUCUUACAAUCUUGAUUCUUUGUAAUAGUUGGUAUUUAUCGUAUUUCAUUCGUGUCUUCUUUUCUAUUGUCAAGUUGUAUUUUACUAUUUUAAAGACAACUUUAAGAGAAAAUCAAGUCAUCGGAUAGUGAAUUUCAAUUUUCCUCACUACUUUCUAGACCAAAUAAAAUAAUUAAUCCGCUAUUGUAAUGAAUUAUUUAUCAUUAUUAUUGUAUUUAAUAUAUCAUAUUUGGUAAUUUUUGUUUUCAUUCUCUCUGUCAUAUUAAAGGCGCAGCCGUUACAUUCGUAAUAUCACGGCGGCCAAUUAUAAAGAGCUUGUAGAAACCCCUUCAUUAAACCCUUUUCUUUUUAGGUAUAGAUAUUAGCACAUAACAUUCGAAGGAAAAUGAUGAUGAUGAUGAUGAUGGGAGGGAACAACCAAUUUACUGCACAAAACGAGGGUGGUGGGUCCUUAAGUAACAAUGGGAUGAACAACGGCGGUGUUGGUGUCGGAAGAGAAGGUGAGAUAGUGUUGAAAAAGGGGCCAUGGACAGCGGCGGAGGAUGCGGUGUUGGCGGGGUACGUGAGGAGGCAUGGUGAAGGGAAUUGGAAUGCUGUGCGAAAGAACACAGGGUUGGCACGUUGUGGGAAGAGUUGUAGGCUUAGAUGGGCUAACCAUUUAAGACCAAACUUGAAGAAGGGAUCUUUUUCUUCGGAAGAAGAAAGGAUUAUUAUUGAGUUGCAUGCUAAGAUGGGGAAUAGAUGGGCUCGUAUGGCUACUCAGCUUCCAGGAAGAACAGACAAUGAAAUCAAGAACUAUUGGAACACAAGGGUGAAGAGAAGGCAACGCCAAGGCCUCCCACUUUACCCACCCCACGUCCAACCCCAUUAUUCCCAGCACCGCCAGCGCCACUCACAUCCUCCGUCACCCAUCCCUUCUCCUCCGCCAACCACCGAACCCAACUCCUGUUUCUCCUUCCAAACUCCCGUUGUGUCUCCCCACACCUCAAACCCCAUGCCUCUUCACUCUCUCCACAUCCCUCACAGACCACCACCUCAAAACUUCCUUUACAAUCCUCAUUCAGCCUUAACAACGCCGCCUCCGCCACUCCAAAGCCCGAAUUCAGCCUUGGCGCCUCCACCUCUCCCUAGCCCGAACGCUUUAACACCACCCCAUACCUCCCCACUUUACUCUCCCCAUAACCCAUCUCCUUUCCCAACUCUCCCUCUCUUCGAUUAUCCCAACAUCACCACCGACGACGACUUCUUCCAUAGCAACAAGCGGUUCAAGCAUGACGGACUUCAAAGCAACAACUACAAUAACAUUCAUCUUGAUGCUGCCAGCUCGAGCUUUACGUUGCCGUUUUCACCAAUGCAGCACUAUUCGAAUGGAAUGACACUCGAUCUUCCUUCAUCAUCGAGGACAGCAUUUAACCAUCAUCCUCAUCAGGAUUCUGGGUGUUUUUACCCGCUGAAAACGGAUCUCCGUUCGAACCAAAUCAACGACGAUGGACUGUUGGAGAAUAUACUGCAGGAAGCUCGGGCGCUGGCCGCCAAUGGCCGCGGUGGCAACAAAGAAAUGCCGAAAGAGAUGAUGAACUCUGCACAAAAUGAAGAAGAAGACUAUUCGAGGCUAAUCAACAUUGAUGGUCUUUCUUCCUUGGGCAUGGCGAUCCCCGAAUGGUGCAACGACAGUGGCGAAAGCUCCGAGCGGCAACCCUCCGUUAUAACAGAUAAUGAAAAUCAUUUAGCCCUUGAUAUGCAUCAGUUAGCUUCAUUGUACCCUGCUGAUAUUUCGCCCAACCAUGCUGCCAGGUCUUCGAGCGUUCGAUCUUGGGACAAGUUUCCGGGAUUGUGCUGAUCCAUUUUCUCGGGAAAAUUUAAGUUUUCGGAUCUGAUGUUGAUCAUUCGGGUCAAUAUCGGUUAAAUAAAAAAAACAUUAUAAUAAUAUGUUAUUGUUAAGUGAGGUUUCCAUUGUUUUGGGGGUUGGAUGAAUCAACCCGGCAAAAGCUUCGGGUCACAAUGAAUGGAUCUGAUUGUCAGACGUUUCUGGUUGUAAUCAGUUGAACUAACUAUAGAUUCAAUGUUGCUGUUGCUUGUUGGAGUUAUGCUUAUUUGAUAUUUGCUAGUGACUGACUGUUGAGUUUGAUUGCUUUAAUUAGAGUUGUAAUUGUUCUCUCUUUA